AUGGCUCCUUCCGCGACUGAGAACAUCGCUGCUCAGCAGCCUGUCGAGUACGACGCGGCGCGUCCCUUCGUCGGCAAGGUCGCUCUGAUCACCGGCUCCGGCCGCGGUAUCGGACGCGGCAUUGCCGUCGAGCUCGGCAAGCGCGGCGCAAACGUCGUCGUCAACUACGCCUCCUCGGCCGGCGCCGCCGAGGAGGUCGUCGCCGAGAUCCAGAAGCUCGGGUCAAAGGCCAUCGCCCUCAAGGCCGACAUCAGCAAGCCCGCCCAGGUCGUCGACCUCUUUGACCGCGCCGUAGCCCACUUUGGCCGCAUGGACUUUGUCAUCUCCAACUCCGGCAAGGAGGUCUGGUGCCCCGAGGAGGAGGUCACCGAGGAGCUCUUCCAGAACAUCUUUGACCUCAACACCCGCGGCCAGUUCUUCGUCGCCCAGCAGGGCCUGAAGCACUGCGGACGCGGAGGCCGCAUCCUCCUCACUUCCUCUAUUGCUGCCCAGAUGGGCGGUAUCCCCAACCACGCCCUGUACGCCGGCUCCAAGGCCGCCGUCGAGGGCUUCACCCGCGCCUUCGCCGUCGACUGCGGUGCCAAGGGCAUCACCGUCAACGCCAUCGCCCCCGGCGGUGUCAAGACGGACAUGUACGACGAGAACUCGUGGCACUACGUCCCCAACGGUUACAAGGGCAUGCCCAUCGAGAUCAUCGACCAGGGCCUUGCCAACAUGAACCCUCUUAAGCGCGUCGGUGUCCCUGCCGACGUCGGUAAGGUCGUCGCUUCCCUCUGCCAUUCUGACUGCGAGUGGAUCAACGGUCAAGUCAUCAAGGUCACCGGUGGCGGCACAUAA